CGUAGUUUAUCCCAACCUGAUAUUAAUCCACCAGCAAUCCCUGCACGACCUCGUUAUCGAUUUUAUCAGAACCAGCAAACACCUCCAAGAAUAGAUACUUCUAUUUUCCCUUUACGUAAUCCUAAUUUUCCUCGAAUUCGUCAAGGAAAUAUAUCUCCAGUAAGUUCAACCUUUUCUCAAACCAGAGUAGCUGACUUUGAAGAAACUCUAUCAAGUCCACGUAGUGCAAAUACUGUCCGUUCUGACGACGCUAACAACAAUACUGAGUAUCGAAGUAUUUUUGAACCCACGGACGACGAAACGACUUAUCGACCCUUAGGCCAACGUAAUUAUCUUGAAGAUCACGACCGAAUAAUAAUAGCUACUAGUGAACCAGAAGCCGAUAAUCAAUCAAUUUUAACACAAGACGUAAACGAAGUGAUUGAGGAAGGAAAUCAGGGAGAAGGAUUCCCUUUAGACAAUAUAAACAAUUUUCUUAAUAUUUUAAACAACGAGAACAAUAAUUUAAACAAUAACCCAGUAGACAAUAAUCUUAUCGAUCUCGGACCUCCUGACGAUCAAGAGAAUAUUUCGGACCACGAACACGACACUAGUGACGAAGGAAGUGAACAUAGCUCAGGAAGUUCACUCGACGACGAAGAUAACAGCGAAGAAGAAAUGUCCGCUAUUUUAAAUGCAAUGGGAGCUUAUCUGAAAAAAGGAGCUCGUGACUGGUAUCUUGGAUGGGCUGCUGACAAUGAUGGGCAUGAUUGGACCGCUCUCCGUCGAGCCUUUGAAAAUAAAUUCUGUAAUGACGAUUUUAGAGAUCAAUGGUUAGAAGAAUUAAGAGGACUAAAACAACGAAAAACUGAAUCCGUUGAAGAAUAUUAUUAUCAGGUCAUGAGAAUGGCCACGAGAGCUACACUUGAUGCAGCUCGGACCCUUCCCUAUUUUAUUAAAGGAUUACUUCCAGAAAUACGAGCCGUUGUCAAAACCCAUGCUCCUGCUAAUCUAAAUGCCGCAUUACUUAAAGCUAAACAAUACGAACAAGGAAAAGGAGAAGUUAAGAGACGUAAAAAGAAGACUAAACAUUAUGAAAGUUCCAGUGACGAAUCCGAUAGUAGUGAGAAGAAAAAGCCGCAGCAACAACCAUCACAACAAUAUCAAAUUCUAAAUCGCAGGAAUGUCAGUUAUGUCGAGUACGACAAUCAUGAUAUUGAAGAACAUGAAGCAUAUGAGGCAAUGAGAAAUAAACCCAAUAACCGACCCUCACCUAUUCGUAAACCAGGAAGACCUCCGAAAAUGACUACCACUCCAAAUCCACCUCUACCAAAAGUUCAAGUACAAGAACCUGAAGUCCUAGUCGACUUUGAGCAAGAUCCAUAUGAAGAAGAACCCAUGGAAGAAGUAAAACCAACUGAAGUGAAACCUGCAAAGAAACCUAGGAUGAAACGUCAACCUUCUAUUAUUGAUCAAAUGACACCAUACGACAUUUCACAAGAUAUUUUGAAUAUGCAAGCAAGCGCAAAGAUUGGACAAUUACUGAAAUAUCCAGAUCAAAAGAAAAAUAUGUCAAAGAUUUUGAAACGACCUACUCAAAAGGAAACUAACCAUGAUUUAUAUUCAAACCCCUGGCAAGAUCGUGACACUAAAAUCUUGGACACAAAAGAAUCAGAAAAUUCUGAUGAUGAAAAUCCUGCCAUUUAUUUAACUGAAACUGCUGCUGUAAAAACUUCUGAAUUCCAAGUUGGAAUAUUAGAUGAAUCACAAGAAAAAUCCGCUGAUAAAUUGUUUACUGAAUUUACUGACGUGAAAGCCCAGUUGAAAUUAAACAAGGAUAAAUGUCAAUUCUUCUCCACCAGCAUUAAAUUCUUGGGACACGAAAUUUCUCGACAAGGAAUUCAACCUGAUGAAGGAAAUUUAAUUAAAGUAAAGGAGUACCCACAACCAACUAACCUACGAACUAUCCGAGGAUUUUUAGGACUUGCUUCCUAUUAUCGCAAGUUUAUAAAAGAUUUUUCUACUAAAGCAAAACCCCUAAAUAAAUUGUUACAAAAAGAUACUCCUUUUCAAUGGGAAGCUGAACAACAGCAAGCUUUUGAAUGGUUAAAAGUCAAGUUGACUAGUGCCCCAGUUUUGAGAUAUCCAGACUUUAAGAAACCCUUCUAUUUACAUACCGAUGCUUCAGGAACAGGAUUAGGAGCAGUGUUAGCCCAAAAGGACCCUGAUAAACGAGAAUAUGCUGUUGCAUUUGCUAGCCGAAGCUUAAACCAAGCUGAACGGAACUAUUCAACUACUGAACAGGAAUGUCUCGCCGUUAUUUGGGCUGUAGAACAUUUCAAACAUUAUUUUGGAACAACCCAUUUCUAUGUUGUAACUGAUCAUGCUGCACUAAAAUGGUUACACACUACUGAACUGAAAGGACGACGAGCCAGAUGGAUAUUAAGAUUAGAACCUUAUAACUUCACUAUUUUAUACCGAGCAGGAAAAUCCCACAACAACGCUGACUCCCUUUCCCAAUUAGAAAUUUAA